GCCUCGCCGACGUUCUUGCCGAGCACGCGCGACGCCUUCUUCCUCUACGCGGGUGCACACUAUUUUUUCUGUCGCGCCAAGUGGACCGUCGACGGCGUCUACUACGUCGACCCGGCUUCGGCCGUGCUCAACGGCAACCUCGUGCUUUCCUGGCAAGGAGUUCAGUACGUACUCGACAUCAAGCUCUGGCGCAUCGCUGCGAUUGCGCCACCGUCCGAGGCAGCGGUGCCUCAACACCACCCAAUGCACGAGGCGGCACGGUAUGCGAUUCGACUCGGUGAACAGUACUAA